UCCUGUUGUCAUGGCGGUGAGUAAAGAAGAGUAUUUGAAACGUUAUAUGUCGUCCGAUGGAAGAACGGAAAAGAAAAUACGGAAGAAGAAGAACAAGGCAUCAGGCAAACAUGGGAUGCAAAUUAUUGAUGACGACAUCACUGUUAACCACUUGUUGCCUAGCAACCUGCAUAACACCCUGGAAGAGGAUGUUGGUGACAACGAGCCCACAAUUGCUGAUGUCAUUGACGAAAGGCCAGAGCACAUCAAACGCAUGGAGGAGUUCCAAGACAGUCAGCGAUGGAAGGGAGUCAAUCGUCAGAAAACAGAUGGAGAUUCACCAGAGUAUGGGGUGAUCAAGAGAAGAAGUAGACAUGAUUCAAACUCUGACCAAUCAUCACCUAGAAGACAGAGGCAUGAUUCUGAUUCUGACCAAUCACUGCCAAGGAGAGGUAGACAUGAUUCUGACCAAUCACUGCCAAGGAGAGGUAGACAUGAUUCUGAUUCUGACCAAUCACCACCCAGAAGAGGUAGACAUGACCCUGAUUCCGAUCAAUCACCUCCAAGAAGAGGUAGACAUGACUCUGAUUGCGACCAAUCACCACCCAGAAGAGGUAGACAGGACUCUGAUUCUGACCAAUCACCUCCAAGAAGAGGUAGGCAUGAUUCAGAUUCUGACCAAUCACCACCAAGGAGGAAAAAUACAUCAAGCAAUAACAGAAGAGUGAAACAAGAAGUGGAUUCUGACCAAUCACCACCAAGGAAAGGUAGACAUAAUUCUGAUUCUGACCAAUCACCACCAAGGAGACAUAAACAAUCUAACCAGUCGCCUCCAAGGAGGCAUAAACAAUUCAAAACAGAUAAAGACUCUAAACAAAGAAGAAGGAAAAGUCGAUUUAAUGACCCCAAUUCGGAUAAUUCUCCUCCACGCAAAAGGCGGCAUGGUUCUGAUAGUGACUCAUCUCCACCUCGUAGAAUAAAAAAAGAGGAGGAUAUGGAAAAUACAAAGAAAGCCACAAAGACGUUGGGGGGAGCAAAGGCAGGUCUAUCGAGUGCUAGGGAGAUGAAACAAGAGGCAGACAAGAUGAGGAACAAAGAAGAUGACAUGUUUAGAAAGAUUGAUGGAGAGAUGCUGGGCAAGAAUGCCAAGACAGUAUUCCGAGAAAAGGGGGGAAAGAAACGAAACUUUGCUGAAGAGAAAGAGAAAGAAGAGGAGGAGGAGAGAAGGAAAGCCGUGAUGGAGAAGAAAUAUGAAGAAUGGGGAAAAGGGUUGAAACAGAAAGAAGCUCUAGAACAGCGACUGACUGACACACUCCAUGAAGCAGCAAAACCCCUGGCCCGUUACCGUGACGAUGACGACCUGGACGAGUUACUGAAGACAAGGGAGAGGGAAGGCGAUCCAAUGGCAGCUUUCUUGAAGAAGAAGAAAAAGAAGAAUAAAGAUCCAAAUGUUAAAGAGAAGCCCAAGUACAGCGGUCCAGCCCCUCCCCCCAACAGGUUCAAACUAAUGCCAGGAUACCGCUGGGACGGAGUCGAUCGAUCAAACGGAUUUGAAAAACAAAUAUUUACCAAGAUGUCGGAAAAACGUGCUACAGAAAAGCUUGCAUAUAAGUGGAGUGUAGAAGACAUGUGAUCACUGGGUGGAUUGUGUGGACUAUGUCAUGCAUAUGUGUCUCUUAGCUGAUGUGUGAAACCUCUUUAGGUGACAUGUGAAACAUCAAUCUUGUGACCUCCGUGUGUAACAUGUGAAACAUCAGAUGUGGCCUCUGGGUGUCAGAUAUGUGACCUCUGGGUGUCAUGUGAAACAUCAAACCUGUGACCUCUGGGUGUCAUGUGAAACAUCUGACAUAUGACCUCUGAGUGUGAUGUGAAACAUCAGAUAUGUGACCUCUCGAAGUAAAAUAUGAAAGUCUGACAUGUGAACUCUCUUGGUAAAAUGUGAAACAUCUGAUGUGUGCCCUCUCUGGAUGUCAUGUGAAACAUCAGACAAGGGCAAAGGUUAGGUGAGAUGAAAUGGGGUUUAACGUCACACUUAAAAAUAUUUCGCUCAUAUGACGACGUGCAUGCGUGUGUAUGUGUGGCUGCUUGGACGACCCCAGACUUUUGCUGGUUUUAUCAUGUUUAUAAUGCUAGCCCACCGAGAUACCAUGCCGCAGUUAAGCAUGAAUACCCCACUCAGACACAUUAUACUGACUCCGAGCCAACCAGUCCUUGUUGUACCCAUUAAUGCCGAGUGCCAGGCAGUGACCUACAAGUACCAUAUUUUAAUGUGAAAGGGCAAAGGAGGCUGGUCAAUUUGAUAAAUGAGAUAUCUCAUUUCAGACGCCGAGAUCAGUUGAUCGUCGAUUCAAGUGUGAUAUUUACCCAGUUACGAUCUAGUCUCUGGAGGGGCAAAGGCAUAGCCUAGUGGUUAAAGCGUUUGCACAUCAUGCCGAAGACCCGGGUUCGAUUCUCCACAUGGGUACAAUGUGUGAAG